AUGGAAAGCACAGCUCAAAUCUCAGAAGAAAAGCAAGCACAGGUUGGCAGGCAAUCUCGAGAAGUACCUGGUGGCAAAGAGCAACAAGCGAGAUUUUAGAAUGUACUGAAACACUUAUCACAAUACUUUCACAAAGGCGUCAGAAAGCAAACCUUCGGAUUCAUACUUAUGCGGGACUUUUAUGAAUAUGAUCAGUUUAUUCUGAGAUGAAUCAGAAUAUAUGAGAUUAACUCAAAAAUGCAGCCCUUUAAAAGUCUAUGAUCUGAAUGUGGUCUUAAUGUUUAAUAUUCAGCACAGAAACAGGACUGUUAUGAACUUUAUGGAUUCUUCGUUUCCGAAUAAAAUUAUAUUUUUCUUUGUUUCUCUCAGGGAAAGUUUAGAGCCAAAGAGGUUUUAUCACUUCAAUUCAUUGAUUAAACUAAACUCUAAAAUCAGUGUAAAAGCACAGUUUCAAGCAUUUAAAUUUAAUGAUCGCCAACUUAAGAGAUUGGUUUCAAACUUCAGGCAUGUUAAGGUGUUGGGUAUAGAAUUUUGUGAGCUAUCUAUCCCAAAGAUUCCUAAUUUCUCAAAAGCUCUUCAAAAUUGUAAGAUCAACCAGCUAAGUUUGUACGGAUGAGGAGCUACUCAUUUAAGCGACUGGGAUUAUUCCCUUGACCAGUUCAAAAAUUUGAUCAAAGGAUUGGCAACUUCCCCAGAUUUGAAAUCAAGCCUCACAUCUGUUGACAUCCAUGAUUGCCAAAUAGACCAAUAUACUGCUGAAGGAAUCUUUUCACAAAGUGAUCUUGAAGGAGUUGAAAUAAUUACUGGACAAUAAAUCUACACAAAAGUGUAUCUUCAUCUUAACCACAUUCAACUUCU